CUGCACGACUGGUACGGUCGCCGUCAGGGUCGCGCUUCUGGAGCUCGGGGCUCUGCCUCUGGAGGUUCUUCUGCUGACGUCACUGGAGCUGGGAGUGGUGCUGGUCCCGGAGGUGCUCGUACUGGAGGUACUGGGGCCGCUGGGGCUGGAGGUGCUGAGCCUGAGGGUGCUACUAAUGGAGACCCUGGGUCUGGGGGUGCUGCUGCUGGAGACACUGGGGCUGGAGACCCUGGGACUGGAGGUGCCGGUUCUGGGGGUGCUGCUGCUGGUGGAGCUGGUCCUAGAGGAGCUGGCGCUGAGGGUUCUGGAGCUGCUAGAGGUGCUGGAGCUGCUGGGGGUACUGGAGCUGCUGGUGCUGGUGGCACUGCACAGCCCCGCCUGUUCUUUGCUCCACCGUCUCCGUCGUCUCAGCCACCGCCGGACUCUGUGCUUCGCCAGGUUCUUAGUCUCCCUUCGUCUACUAGUCUUCCGUUACAGCCCGGCUCACCGCUGCCUGCUCCUUCUCCUUACACUGAGCAGACAGGGGGUCUUACUGAGCGUCGGUGA